AUGGCGCAAAACAGAGGAAAGGAGAAGGCAAAAGGCCUAUCGUUUAAGUCCCUUAACAAAACACAGUUAGUUGCGAUUCUUGAAGCGGCUGGAGUCACAAUACCUGAUAAAUCAGCUAAGAAAGAUACUUUAGUGCGAUUGUGCCAACGACAUAAAAAGCAAAUUGAGAGUGAGUCCGAAACUAUUAGUCCUAUUUUACAAGCUGCUCCUAAGAGAAAGAGGGCCCCUAAGCUUUCUGCCAAUGCGCCAUUAGUUAGUAAACGCAAGUUGCCAGCUAAUCAGUCGCAGAAACGAACUAAAAGAGAAGUUGAGAAAUCACAACCAACUGAAGAGUCCCAGUCAGUUGAAGAAUCUCAACCUGAAGUUGUUACUGCGCCAGUGAAGAGUAAAGGCAAUACAAGUAGUAAGGCCAUUCGGCCUGCCGUUCAUAUAGUUCGAUCACCAACUCUUAAAAAGACUACCUCUAAGUCCACUAAAACUGAUACAAGCAUCAAGAAUUCUGAAUCAAACUCAAAUCAAGAAACCACAACAAACAGACAAGAUGAGGUACUAGAAAAGGCAGAAAAUCUUUGUUCCAGUAGGGAAAGAGCUAUGUCCUUUAUGCUUAAGUAUGGAAGGGGAAUCUACAUUGCAAUGUCGUUUGCCAUUAUCCUGGGGUUGGUUCUGCAUAGUCACUAUCGUGUGGCCGUCAAAAACCAAGAGAGUUUAUCUCAGAUCGGUUGGUGGAGUGCAUUAAAAAGCAAGAUAGCGACAGGUCAUGAACAAAGACGCAAACGAGCAGUAGAAAUCAAGCGAAUGGCAGAGGAAAAGCAACGUGUGGCUGAACAGAAGCGAUUGGAUGAGCAGAGACGUGUGGCUGAACAGAAGCGGAUUGCUGAAGAGAAGAGAUUAGUAGAACAGAAGCGAUUAGAAGAAGAGAAACGCGUGGCCGAGGAGAAACGACUUGCUGAAGAGAGGCGACUUGCGGAAGAGAAACGCGUUGCUGAAGAGAAGCGUGUGGCAGAAGAGAAGCGACUUGCGGAAGAGAAGAGAUUAGCUGAAGAGAAACAACUUGCUGAAGAGAAACGUGUGGCUGAGGAAAAGCGAUUGGCAGAAGAGAAACGGAUUGCAGAGGAAAAGCGAUUGGCUGAGGAGAAACGGAUUGCUGAAGCUAAGCGACUUGCAGAAGAGAGGCGGAUUGCAGAGGAGAAAGCAGUUAAGGAGGCUAAGCUGGCCGAAGAGAAGCGAAUUGCAGAGGAGAAAGCAGUUAUGUUGGCCAAGGAAAAGGCAGCAAAGCUGGCUGAAGAGGAGAAGAUUGCAGAAGAGAAAGCUGCCGCUCUGGCUGAAGAGAAACGAGAAGCGGAAGCCAAAACUGCUGAAAGGAGGGCAGCAGAGUUGGCGGAAGCAAAGAAAGCGGCCGAAGAGAAAGCACUCGAAGCGUCUAAACGCCUUGCCGAGGCCAAACGAGCUGAGGAACUGAAGCAACAAAAGGCUAUUACUGAACAGAAAGCCGCCGCUGACCAGGCAGAGAAAACCAAUGCUAUUCUGAAUAAGCCUAUCUCCACUAAUCAAGCAAAAAGCAGGCAGACCGCCAAAUCCAUUAAACCCGCGUCUUUAGGGAGUAGGGUUUGGUACUAUACCAAGUUCGGUUUGAAGAUCAUCAAGAUUACUUGCAUCAUUCUCUUUGUUGGUGCGAUAGGUCUAUUUGCACUUCUGUGUGUGUUACACAAGAGGUUUGUGCGUAGGAGAAGAAUAGAAGAGUACACUGCCUACCUAAAGAAACACAUUAGCAAGAAGAGUAAGCAUUUACUUCCAAUUUCGACCAUUAAAGAGCUUAGAGAGGAAUAUGCCACCUUAUCUAACUCAGAAUGGCGGGCUUUGUGUAAACAAAUGAUCUUAGAUAGCAAUAUUAGAGAAACCUAUAUAUCACGUGAUACUAAAUUAGAGAGGGCUUGGGAAUGGGUUGGUACAACCGCGUAA